UCGCGGAACUUAACCCCUAUUGUAUGUUUGUCCUGCUUUGUUGUCAGAGAGAUCGAGUGAUUUUGAGCAAUUCCUCGGGUUUAACCUUAGGAAAAGCAUUUAUAUCUCGAGUGGAGUAAUGGCCGGUUACGCGGGGCAAGAAGAUUACUGGGCACAGUCCUCGCAGAGUCAGUAUAAUUUCGACGCGGCAGGCUUCGGUCAACCUAACCAACAAUUUGAAUUCCAAAAUUAUGGUGAACAGCAAGGUGGAGAUUAUUCUCAAUAUGCACCGAAAAGUUACUUAGAUCCUACGCAACACGCCUAUCCAAAUGACGUGUAUAAUCUGGAUAAUUAUGGCAAAGAUCCUGCUGCUUUUGGAGAAGAGGAGGACGAACCACCGUUACUUGAAGAACUUGGAAUCGAUCCUGAUAGAAUUCUUCAAAAAAUUCUUGCUGUCUUAAAUCCGUUCCAUAGACGAGGGCAGAUCGAUGAUGCAAACUAUCUUCUUCAGGAUUCUGAUUUGGCUGGGCCGGUGGCAUUCUGUUUGGCCCUUGCUGCAUUUUUACUUUUGGCGGGUUCCAAAGCACACUUUGGAUAUGUUUACGGUCUUGCUGUCACGUCGUGUAUAAUGAUGUAUAUUUUACAGACUUUAAUGUCGAGUACAGGGAAUAUUACUAUAGCAUCGGUUGCUUCUGUUCUUGGUUAUUGUUUAUUACCGGUCGUUGCUCUUGCUGGACUCAGUAUUUUUACUACCCUUCGUGGACCAAUAGGCUUGCUUCUUGCAUCCGUUGCGGUAGGUUGGGCGACUUUGUCAGCAUCUAGAUUAUUUUCUGCUAUGUCAGGAGAAGAAAAACAACGUCUUCUUAUUGCGUAUCCUUGUCUUCUUCUGUACGGUGUAUUCACUUUAAUAGUCAUAUUCUGAUUCGGAUUAGUAAUCGUUAAAUAGCAUGGGCACUUUUAUUCAUUUUAAAAGAGGAUGGUUGCUUUGUAUGUGCCAAUAAUAUGUCCAUGAAUUUCUAGCAUGUACAUUGUCAUUAAAAACAGUGGGAAGAUACAAUUUCAAGUUAUUUGAUAAUAAGUUUAUAACGUGUAAGAACCUCUACUUUUUUUUAUGAAUCUAACUACGCAUCGGUCAUGCAAUCGUGAUAACGCAUAAUAAUGUAAAUACAUGUAAUUAUAUAAAUUUGCAAAUUGUAUAAUGUAGGGUAAUAUGCGUGAUUAUUGGCAAACUUUAAAUUGAAAAUGAUGUCCCUCUACAGUAAGUCAAUCUUUUGUUAUUGCAUAUGAUAAGACCUUCCAUCUAAUAUUAAUGCACACGAUAUAAACAAUAUAUGUGCGUUUCAAGACUUAAUCCAUCAUUGUUAAAUUAUUUGAUAAGGCUUGUAAAUAAAUUGAGUAAAAUAUAACAUUUAUAAAAUCCCAA